CGUGGACUGCCCCUUGUAUUCUGCACCAGUCUCUUAAAUGUCAGAGCUCAGAAAUUCCAUGCCUUAUUUUGACUACACUCUGAGAUCUGGAUCAUCUGAGUCAACCUAUAUUUAUCAUAGUUUGUUAUAGCAUGUACAGAGCUUAGUGAAGAACCUAGCUGCAGUCCAUGUGAAGAGGUACAAAAAAUUAUUAAUCCGAGGAUGACUAAAGACGCAUUUGCUGUCACUGUCGUGAUCUUGUGGCUGCUCUACAAUCCGGCGAAAAGCAGGGGAACCGGGGGAUUUCAAGGCGCCAUUCCUCACCCAAAUAAAUACAUCACCAACGAGACGGAACAGUCACCGCAGACACCGCAGGGCAGUUUCAGGGGAAUGGGGCCGUCUUCGGUCAUGGACGAGGUGCUGAACUCCAGCCAGGUGGCUUUACACGUAACGAAGCGCCGUUAUCUGAAACUUGACUGGUGCAAAACACAGCCGCUCAAACAGACGAUCACCGAGGACGGGUGCCAGAAGCGCGACAUCAUCAUUAGCUUCUGUUACGGACAGUGCAACUCCUUUUAUAUUCCUCACGUUUAUCAAGAGGACAGUGUCUUCAAGUCGUGCUCUAUGUGCAAGCCAAAGACUUUUACCACCGUUACAUACACUCUUGUCUGUCCCGGGCAGAUCCCAUUCACCAAGACGAAGCGCGUGCGGCGCGUGAAGGAGUGCCGCUGUACAUCUGUCGACUUGGAUUAAGUGCUGACAUUCUUUGUUUUACUUGUGUGCUUUUGUCUCAAAGUUACGAUUCAGUGCAUUUCUAAAGCUGAAAUGAAUUAUGUAGGAGCAUUGUUUAUGUUUCCUCCGUCAUUAGCUGUUUAACCCUGCUGAAAAACAAGCAAACAAACAGCUAAAACGAUCUUAAAAGCUGGUCUCCCAGUCUGAGCUGUUAAAAAGUGCCCAAAACACCUCUAAAACCAGCUGGACGACCAGCUAAGACCAGCCAACUACCUUAGGCUGGUUUUAGCACUUUUUUUUCAGCAGGGAAAAUCAAAAUGUGGCCUAUAUGUUGUGAAGAAAUACAAUUUAUGCAAUUAAAUGUAUUUUAAAAACAGAAUAAGUUAUAAUACUAUACAAAGUGUGACAUACAAUAGAUUAUAUUUUUCUCCACUGUGUGGAGCAAGAUUUGCACAUUCACACAAAUAGCUUACUCUGUGGCUUUUUUUGUAAUGUAGGAUAGGCCUGUUUUCAUACAUAUUGUGGUUGUAAUCUAAUAAGUAAUUUUGUAAAAAGAAAACAAGAUCCAGUCCAGUGCAUUUAUCCUGGUGCUAAUACAAGCAUUUAAUAUAUGGGUUGCAAAUGGAAACAUUAAUGCUACCCUACAAGGCCAAAACGCAGCAAAUACGCCAACACUGAAAAUGAGAAAAUUGUUUAUUGAUUAUCUAGCCAAAUGUGGAUUAUAAAAAAGCUGGACUUUUUUCUCUGAAUCGGAGCAUCUUUGAGUCAAAAUUGCCUGUCACAGGACAGAUCAUUGUCUACUAGGCCCAAUUUCAGUCUUAAUGAUUUGGACAAAAUGUGUAGUUACUGCGUUUUGACAAACUUAAAGUUUUGAAAUAGUCAAGUCAAGAUGUUUUCAAUGUUUAAGAAACAUUAAUGAAAUCCCAAUGAGGUGCGAUGAAGCAGCAUACUGUUAUCAAUAAAAAAUGUUAUGCUCAUCAAGAUAAAAUCAAGAGUUAUAGUUCCUCAAAGAAUAUUUAAAAGGCAUUUUAUAUUAUUUUACAUGUACACUGUCAUUGGAACAGGACACAGUUUUUUUAAUAUUUGUAAUGAUUUAAUGUGGCCACAGAAGUCACUGCAUUGCUACUCAAUAUGCAAAAUAAAGUUACUGCCUUUUCUAAACACCCAAAAAUCAAAAUUCUCAUCAUUUCCUCACCCUCAUGCCAUCCCAGAUGUGUGUGACUUUCUUUCUUCUGCUGAUCAGAAACAAAGAUUUUUAGAAGGAUAUUUCAGCUCUGUAGGUCCAUACAAUUCAAGUGAAUGGUGGCCAGACUCGAGUGGUUAAAUCCAUGUCUUCAGAAGCGAUAUGAUAGGUGUGGGUGAGAAACAGAUCAACAUUUUAGUGAUUUUAUAUUAAAAAAAUCUCCACUUUCACUUCCACAUUCUUUUUCCUGUUGGCCAUUUGCAUUCUUAGUGCAUAUCGCCACCUAUUGGGCAGGGAGGAGAACUUAGAGUAAAAAAAGGACAAAUAUUGAUCUGUUUCUCACUAUACUUAUCAUAUUUCUUCUGAAGAUAUGAAUUUGUCCACUGGAGUCAUAUGGAUUACUUUUAUACUGCCUUUAUGUGCUUUUUGACCUUCAAAGUUCUGGUCACCAUUCACUUCCAUUGUAUGG